UACUCAUUUGCAAACCUCCCUUUACGUAUGUCACUCGUUUUAAACUUUUAUAUCUUCAUCAGCUCGGCUGCUCGCACACGCCUCUCAACUCUCAAGCCAUUACGACAGUCCGCUUUGCUGCAAAAAACCACCUUUCUUUUCCCGUUCAUUUCUUUUUAAAGCAUCAUUCCCCACUUUUCAGUGAACAUUUUAGGCGUGGCCCUGUGGUUGUGGUAGAUACAGGAUUAUUUACUUUCUAAAAGGCAGCGCCCGCUUGAUUUUGGUUCAGAAAGAUUGUGUUAAAAAAGGAUCCCAGGCUCAUUUUAGUGGCUUUUUGCAGGAUUUAAGAUCUGGGUGGUGGUUAGAUUCGGGUUUCAUAGAGCUAGUCUAUGGUAACUUAUGCUUGUAAUUUCUGUUUCCUAGAGUCUUAGAGACAGUUAUAAAACGAAGUUCUAGAAAGAGAGAGAUCAAUGGCAGGAGGAGGUGGUGGUGGAGGAGGUGCAAAAGCAGAUGAGCUACAGCCACAUCCAGCAAAGGACCAGCUACCCAACAUUUCUUUCUGCAUUACCAGCCCACCUCCAUGGCCUGAAGCCAUCCUUCUUGGGUUUCAACAUUAUCUUGUGAUGCUUGGCACGACCGUUCUCAUACCCACUGCUCUGGUUCCUCAAAUGGGAGGUGGAAAUGAGGAGAAGGCAAAGGUGAUUCAAACCCUACUCUUUGUUGCUGGUUUGAAUACAUUGAUGCAGUCAUUGUUUGGGACUCGACUGCCUGCGGUCAUUGGAGGGUCAUAUACCUUUGUCCCGACCACAAUUUCAAUUAUCCUUUCUGGGAGAUUCUCCAAUAUCCCAGACCCUAUAGAGAAAUUUAAGAGGAUAAUGCGGGCAACCCAGGGUGCUCUCAUUGUUGCUUCUACUCUUCAGAUUGUCCUGGGCUUCAGUGGCCUGUGGCGCAAUGUUGCAAGGUUCUUAAGUCCACUUUCAGCUGUUCCUUUGGUAGGAUUAGUCGGAUUUGGGCUGUACGAGUUAGGCUUUCCUGGGGUUGCGAAAUGUGUAGAGAUUGGGCUGCCAGAGCUUGUUGUUUUAGUUUUCAUUUCACAGUAUAUGCCCCAUGUGCUACAUUCAAGAAAACAAUUCUUUGAUCGUUUUGCAGUCAUUUUUUCAGUGGUGAUUGUUUGGAUUUAUGCUCACCUACUCACUGUAGGUGGGGCGUAUAACAAUGCAGCACCAAAAACGCAAGUAAGCUGUCGUACUGAUCGUGCUGGGCUUAUAGAUGGUGCUCCAUGGAUACGAGUUCCAUAUCCUUUUCAAUGGGGAACUCCUUCAUUUGAUGCUGGUGAAGCCUUUGCCAUGAUGAUGGCUUCUUUUGUUGCUCUUGUAGAGUCCACUGGUGCUUUCAUUGCGGUAUCAAGGUAUGCAAGUGCAACUCCGCUGCCACCUUCCAUUCUUAGCCGUGGAGUCGGUUGGCAGGGCGUUGGCAUCCUGUUUUCUGGGUUGUUUGGAACUGUGAAUGGAUCCUCAGUAUCUGUUGAGAAUGCUGGUCUUUUGGCCUUGACUCGUGUUGGCAGUCGAAGGGUGGUACAAAUAUCUGCUGGAUUUAUGAUUUUCUUUUCCAUUCUUGGGAAAUUUGGAGCAGUCUUUGCUUCAAUCCCAGCAUCCAUAAUUGCUGCCUUGUACUGCCUUUUCUUUGCUUAUGUGGGUUCGGGGGGCCUUAGUUUUCUUCAGUUCUGCAACCUAAACAGUUUCAGAACUAAGUUCAUCUUGGGCUUCUCCAUCUUCAUGGGCUUGUCGGUGCCGCAGUACUUCAACGAGUACACAGCAGUCAAUGGUUAUGGUCCGGUCCACACAAGCGGAAGAUGGUUUAACGAUAUUGUGAAUGUCCCUUUCUCAUCCGAAGCUUUCGUUGCUGGUUGCUUGGCGUUUUUCCUGGACAACACGCUGCAUAAGGACAGUGUAAUCAGGAAAGACAGAGGUAAACAUUGGUGGGACAAGUUCCGAUCAUUCAAGGGUGAUACAAGGAGUGAGGAAUUCUAUUCCCUGCCCUUCAAUCUGAACAAGUAUUUCCCAUCUGUUUGAUCCCGGCAGCCCUAAAUUAUAAGAAGAUUAACCAUAAAUUACUCCGUUCGAAGGUUCUCAAAAACUGUCUGAUCGUGUUAUAAAUCAUUGUUAUCUCCAUUAUUUGUGAAUCUUAGUACAUGCUACAUCGGUAUAAGAGUCUUUCUUUAUAGAAUGCCUUUUGAACAUUUUUGUUCGUCGGAAA